GGCUUCCUCCCUUUUCGAAAUAUUACCCUGCAACGGGUUACCCACCAUGACGGUUCAAGGCGGCAACAGCAACGCGCCGCCGCACGUGUUGGUGAUUCCGUUCCCAGCUCAGGGCCACAUGAUACCCCUCCUCGACCUAACCCACAAGCUGGCCACAAAUGGAAGCAACCUCACCAUAACGGUGGUCACAACCCCAAAAAACCAAACCCUCCUAACCCAUCUCCUUUCAUCACACCCUUCCAUUCACCCUUUGAUCUUCCCAUUCCCCUUUCACCCUUCUAUCCCUCCAGGAAUCGAGAACGCCAAAGACAUGCCCCACUCCAUUCGACCCAUCAUGUUCUCUCUCUCAAAGCUCCACGACCCUCUCCUCCAAUGGUUCAAAUCUCACCCUUCCCCUCCACAAUAUAUAAUUUCAGACAUGUUCUGCGGUUGGACCCAAAACCUUGCCUCUGAACUCGGAAUUCGGAGACUCGUCUUUUCCCCUUCUGGUGCUUUCGCUUUGUCCACCAUGUACUUUCUCUGGAAGGAACUGCCGAAGCGAACCAACGACAACGAAAACGAUAUCGUUUCGUUUCACAAGCUUCCCAACUCACCCACUUACCCUUGGUGGCAGGUGUCUCCCUUGUUUCGGAGCUACGUUGCUGGAGACCCAGAUUCAGAGUGCUUCAGGGAUUGGUUUCUCGGGAACAUUGCAAGUUGGGGACUCGUUGUGAACUCGUUCUCCGAGUUGGAGAAUCGUUAUCUUGAGUAUCUCAAAAUGGAACUUGGCCAUGAUCGUGUGUGGGCGGUUGGACCGUUGCUUCCUGCGGAUGACUUAUCUACCACGCAGAGAGGUGGGUCCAGUUCUGUGUCGGUAAACAACGUCGUGUCCUGGCUUGAUCAACGAGGGGAUCGUAAGGUGGUUUAUGUGUGUUUCGGGAGUCAAAUGAUUCUCACCAACGAUCAGACGGUGGCUAUUGCAUCAGGUUUGGCGAAGAGUGGGGUCCAUUUUAUUUGGUCAAUAAAGACAAAGAACGAAAAUCAGGAAGGAAUCAUUCCAGCGGGAUUCGAAGAUGAAACAGCUGGUAGGGGCCUCGUGAUUAGAGGGUGGGCCCCACAGGUGCUCAUACUGAGGCAUAGGGCGGUGGGCGCGUUCUUGACUCACUGCGGGUGGAACUCGGUGCUGGAAUCGGUGGUGGCUGGGGUGUCGAUGCUUGCGUGGCCAAUGUCUGCUGACCAAUUCGUGGACGCGACGCUGCUUGUGGAGGAGUUGAAGGUGGCCAAGAAGGUGUGCGAGGGUGAAAAAACCGUUCCCGACUCGGACCAGUUGGGUCGAGUUCUGGCUGAGUCGGUGAGCGAAAGCGCUGUGGAAACAAGGCAGGCGUUGAAGCUGCAGGCGGCGGCGCUUGACGCCAUUAGAGAGGGUGGUGGAAGCUCCGAGAAGGAUUUGCGCUGCUUGAUUGAACAGCUUCACUACUUGGUCUAAUGUUUUUCUUUUUUUUAAAUACAAUGAUUUGAAUGCAGAUUACCCAAAUCUAGAAUAUUUCUCACCCCCGGAACAAUUGUGUACAAAAGUCAAAUAAAGUCCGUUUUGGUAGAUGUUUUGCAAGGAAACAACUACUUCGGGGUUUCUUUUUCUGGUUUGUGUUCCGUUUGGAAAGACUGAAGUUAUUA